AUCUCUUGCGCGUGGAUCUCACUCGCGGGAGAUUUCUCUCGUCGGCAUCUCUUUUUUCUGAGCACAACCUCUUGCGCCGUUGGUGGGGUUCUCCGUUGAUUCCGGUGACGAUGAGAACCCCAUGGCUCAUGGUACUUCAUCCGUAAUCCAGUGCAUCUAUCCGACGAAGCUUUCCGACCAAAAUCAAGGGAGCUGUGGAGGGGAGAAGCUUCCGCGAGACACCGACAGAGGUUCCACGGGGUCGUCGUUUGACGGGGGAGGUCGUCUGCGGUCCGGUGAAGCUAUACCACCGUCGAAGGUUACCUUUUCUACUCCCUACUGCUUCUCUCUCUCACGUCUAAGCAUGGAGCCUCCUCGACAAAGGACAGCUCGUUUCUCUUCUUCCUCCCCAAAACGGAUCUACGGUGGCGGGAUGGUGACGGAUCAUGGGUCUCCAUUUCUGUUCGACUCGCAUCGUCCAGGCUCGCCGGAGGUCCUAUUCCGGAGAGCAUUCGCGGUUCUAUGGGCGGCGGCUGCGAAAAGGUUUUCUGAUCGCAAAUUAGGGUUUCAUCGCAACCGGUUUUGUUUCGGUUUAGUGAACCCGGGUCGAUUUUGUUUGGAUGGUUGGUUCGGUUUAGUGUAUGUGGAUUGGGCCCUAAGGGGAUUUAUAUGGGCCUAAAUCCGAAAAUAGUCCACUGGGCCUUUAUUUAUAAAAUUGAAUACCAUUU